AUGAUUUUAAUUAUUAUAACUGCCGGGUAUAGUAAGAAUAUAACCGUUUAUAGGAUUUAUAAGUACCUUGGGUCUGUUAUCGAGGAUACAGGGAUAUAUCCUAAAGAAUAUUUACUUUACUACUCUUUAAUUAAUAUAGUAUCUACUGUUCUAGGGUUUAAGAGAUUUUAUAAGUAUAGAUAUCUAGGGGAGCUGCCUGCUGAGAUUAAAGCAGAUAUCUUACAGAUACCAGAGCUAGUCAAGAUUCGCUGUUAA